AUGGGAAAGUUUGGCCGUACAUGCGUCAGCAUCGUACCAUACUUGUUUUCUCUGGCAUCGCUGGUUUGCCUUGCAAUAGUUUGCGUCAGUUGCAAUAGGAAAACUGCAGACAUUGAGAAUCUCUACUUUUUGCGGGUGAACUUUUCGAACUUCACGGCGCUAUCAGACCCGGAGUCCAUCGACAAGAUCCAACUUCGAAACUCGACCAGUGUUGAAUACCUCAGCACCGCGCUACACAAGGCGCAGAAAGGUGGCGAGCUCAAAGACUUUUAUUCAGUUGGCCUGUGGGGCUAUUGUGAAGGAGAGGUCUCCGAUAAUGGAAGCUAUGAGACCACCUACUGCUCCAAGCCUCGCCCGAAAUUCUGGUUCAAUCCUCUCGACAUAUGGCGGCUGAAUGGCACGACCAGCGCAAGCGUCAACGCUGACACCGACACCGAUGACAUGCCGCUUCCCUCCCACUUGGCUAAAUCCCUACGAGUCUACAAGAAAGUCUCCCUUUGGAUGUCCACAGGCUACAUAAUCGCCAUCACCGUUACCACCGUCGAGCUUCUCCUCGGUGUCCUCUCCAUAUGCAGCCGCCGGGGCAGCUGCAUCACAGCCCUGGUUUCAGCCGUUGCCUGCCUAUUCACUGUCGCGGGGACCGUCACCGCAACCGCAAUAUUCUCAGUGCUGAAAGGGACCUUUGUGACCGUCUUGCGGGACCUUGACAUCACAACUACACUGGGGAUCAGGGUACUGGUUAGCUCCUGGGCAGCGGUUCUCUGCUCGCUAGCUGCUCUGGUCUUCUGGAUUGUCACAAUGUGCUGCUGUGGCGAGCGUCCAGGCACGUCCAGACAGCCGGAUCGUGGCCCGAAGUAUUCCCAUGUCGGCCCCGGCCCGCUGCACCCUCUCGCCAUGACCCACGAGCAAUCGCCGUUUCCGCCUUCCGCACCUGGUGCCGGCCCGUACCCUAUGCAGCCAGUGCAGCAGAUGCCUUACGGCCCGCAGACUGGUGGUUAUGUCUAUAGGUGAGGUGAGGCCGCCGCUCUGUAGUGUCUGCUGUGGCUCAAGUGGCGUUCAAUCGGUGCCCUGUUAUCCCUCUUUAUGUGGGGCAUGCAGCAUCUUUCCAAGGGAUUCUAAAAAGUCGCCCACAGAUUAGCUACAAAGGUCACAUCACGCUUUCUCAUACCUAGACACGCCUGGAUGAUCUUGGAGGGAAAACCAUGUCUUGAUAGUUUGAAUUCUUGGAACACAAAAAAGGAACAAAUCAAUUAUAGCAACGUGGUCAGCCAACUCCGUGUUGAUUUGUUCCGCUCUCCAUCGUUCUGGUGGCCAUUGGAUACGGUGAAUGCUUCUCAACCACCUUAGAAUAGAUGAGCCCCAUUCUGUACUGAUGGAAGACUGCAGACAUUGGGGUGAACCAAGGAUACAGGUUGGCCAUGGGACAACAGGGGUAAAGCGUUCUCUAAGACUGAUUAUCUCGAGAAAGCGAAAUAAUAAAAUAGUGCUCGGG